UUGGUCUGUUACUAGUAAAAACAACAUGGCGUCCGCAUGGAUUGAGAAAUUGAAGACGGCACAGAAAACGUGCAUGAUACAAGAUGGAAGAAGAAAAAUUCAUUUCGUAUUUCCAGACGGUACAGAAAUGGCAGAAGAAUAUGACCUGAAAACAUCAGAACUUGUUUCAAGAAAAUGGAGAAGAAAAGCAACACUGGGGGUGAAGGAGUCAAAAUGGGAGUUUGAAGUUGGAGAGCAGCUAGUGCCAAGGAACUUGGACUCAGAGGGCUUGUUGGAGAGUGCAGCAAAUCCAAUUUUUGCCAGAAAAGACACAGCUGUAUCAUUUCAGUGGAGAAUCAGAAACUUACCCUACCCAAUAGAAACAUACAAUGUAACUGUUGACCCUGAGAAUAGGACAAUUACCAUUAGAACCACUAAUAAAAAGUAUUUUAAGAAGUUCUCUAUACCAGACAUGGACAGAGCACAGCUACCUCUUGAACAAAAAGCACUGAGUAUAGCACAUGCCAACAAUACCCUCAUAAUAACAUACAAGAAGCCUAAGGAAAUUCUACAGAUGGAAAAAGAAAUCCAAGAAGAAUUCAAGAAGUUAAAGGCAGCAAAAGAUGGUGAUGUAGACUGCACACCUAGUUGAUCAAAUUAUUCAUAGGCCAAAGGUCAACUUCCAAGUCAUGUGAUCUCAGAAAAUCUGUGAUGCAUAACAACUGCUGAUGAAGGAAAUAAUCUGAAAAAAAACUAAGGACUGUUUCGGAUGAUUUACUCCAGUAAGAAAAAUGACAGCUGACCUGUCAAACUCAUUAGAAUUGCAGGCCAAGAUUAAUGCAAAAAAAGGUUGAAUAUUUAUUGAUGCAUUUUGUUUUUGUUAAUGGUCUAUUUAUUCCAUGUCUAUAUAUUUUUAUUUUUUUAGAACUGUCAAUUCAUUAAAAUUUUGAACUAAUUCAUCUUUGCAGAAUGCAAGGACAUUUGCAUGUACUUUGUCUUAAGUGCUUCUGAGAAGAGAAAAAAUAAAAUGUUAAA